AUUCGUGAAGGAGUGUUUGGCAUGGGGUAGAGGGGUUGAUCUCGUUAGCUUAUACAUGCUUUUUCGUUAUUUCCUUAUUAAUGAUUACUGCAAAUUGCACAUGAACAGUGGAUAGCAAUGGGCCUCUCCGUCAAUGGAUGUAUUUUGAUUCAGAUGCUGCUGCUUUUUUGUUUCUGGGAUUUAUCUUCCGGUCAGAUUGUCUAUUCUGUCGCAGAGGAGGUGAACAAGGGAACCGUUGUUGGGAAUAUAGCCAAGGACCUCAAUCUCAAUGUUCAAGAACUGGAGUCUCGUAUGUUUCAGAUUGUAUCCGGAUCUCACAAUAAGUAUUUUGAUGUGAAUUUAAAGACCGGUUCUUUGUUUGUGAAAGAAAUAAUCGAUCGAGAGGAGCUUUGUAUGACCAGUCAAAAAUGCUCUCUAAACUUGGAGGCCAUUGCACAGAACCCUCUCAACAUGUAUCGUUUAGAGAUCCAAGUAUUAGAUAUAAAUGACAACGCACCUUCAUUUCAUGUUAGUGAUCAUACAUUGAAUAUAACAGAAUCAACCUCUCCAGGUGAAAGAUAUCCUCUACCAAGGGCUAAUGAUGCUGAUAUCGGCAGUAAUUCAGUGAAAACCUACAAGCUGAGCCCAAAUGAACACUUUCUUCUAGAUGUACAGAGCGGUGGAGAGCAGAGUGUGUCUGCCGAGGUAGUGUUACAUAAAGCUUUAGAUCGAGAGAAACAAGCUGUGAUCCGGCUCCUAUUGACUGCUCUUGAUGGAGGGAAACCUGCUAAAUCUGGGACUCUUCAGAUAAUAGUGAAUGUGAUAGAUGUGAACGAUAAUAGUCCAGUCUUCAGCAAACCAAUGUACAAAGUACGUGUGUCGGAGAACGUACCUAUAGGCACACCUAUAAUAAAACUGAACGCAACCGAUUUGGACUCAGGAGUAAAUGGGGAAAUAUUUUUUUAUUUGAUUCAUCACGGCAAUCAGAAAGCAUGGGAUGUUUUUCAAAUCGAUCCAGCUACUGGUGAAAUUACAGUAAAAGAAGUGAUUGAUCAUGAAGAGAAUGUUGCGUUUGAGCUGCACGUACAGGCCAAAGACAGGAGUUCUAGUCCUCGCACAACGCACUGUAAAGUCUUAGUUGAAGUGAUAGAUGUCAAUGACAAUGCUCCAGAGAUAUCAAUAACUUCAAUGAUGAAUGCAGUCAGAGAAGACGCAAAAUCAGAUACUGCUGUUGGUCUAAUAACAGUGUCUGAUAAAGACAGGGGUGUAAAUGGAAAAGUACACUGCCAAAUAGUAGGCUCUGUUCCAUUCAAAUUGCAAUCCUCCUAUAAAAACUAUUACUCAUUGGUAGUAGAUGGAUCUCUAGAUAGAGAGAGUGGUUCCCAGUACAAUGUGACCGUUACAGCUACAGAUGAAGGCAUCCCACCUCUCUCCAGUACCAGUGUCAUUAUUGUGUAUGUCGCUGAUGUGAAUGACAACGCGCCUCGCUUUUCAGAACCAAUAAUGAAUGUCUAUCUGAAGGAGAAUAGUCCCGUUGGAGGGCUUGUUGCCAGCUUGACUGCGCAUGAUCCAGAUUUAAAUGAAAAUGCUCAGAUGUCUUAUUCAUUUUUAGAAGGCAAUAAUGGAAUACCGUUGUCUACAAUGAUGAAUAUAAACUCUUUAACUGGUGAAUUAUUCAGCCUACAGUCAUUGAACUACGAGGAGGUGAAAAAGUUCGAGUUCCAAGUUCAGGCCACAGAUUCUGGUGUUCCUCCACUAAGCAGCAAGGUCACUGUCAACGUUUUUAUCCUUGAUGAGAAUGACAACAGUCCUGUGAUUCUCCCGCCCUAUUCUGACCACGGCUCCGUUAAUUCUGAGAGCAUUCCUUAUUCUGCUGAAGCGGGAUACUUUGUGGCCAAGAUCAGGGCUGUAGACGCAGCAACAUAUGGCUUCUUGCUUUGAUUUGUG